AACGAAACUGGCUACUCAGAUGUUAUUUACACAAACCCUACACUAUUUUUCAUAGAUCUGCAUCCAACAACGGCAACAGUCUGAGCGAUAAUCCGUAUCCACCACCGUAUACUUAGAUAUCGAAGGGCCAGGCGACACCCCCAGCCACCACCAUUGCGUCCAGCUCCAGUCCAUCUUCAACGGCGACAGCCCCAGCCACCACCGUUACUUCCAGCUAUGGUCCAUCUCCAAUGGCGACACCCCCAGCCACCAUCGUUACUUCCAGAUGCGGUCCAUCUCCAGCGGCGACACACCAAGCCACCACCGUUACUUCCAGCUCUGGUCCAUCUUCAGCGGCGACAACAACCCACAAGCAACGACGUCCCAAAUUGAGUCAGAACUAUCACACCGGCCACGUUCUCCACCUAUAACUGGUCUCACGUCCUCUUUUCUUGAGUUUAGGUUAGAUUUCCAUCUGAUUUUUCUUGUGGCUUUGCUGGUCUUUCAGUUGGUAUGGAAAUUGGCAUCAUAUGUGACACAGGUGUGAGGGUUGGAGUUGCUUUUGGACUUUGUAGAAUCUACCAGCCCCUCCAUGUAGAAUCUAAAUGCAAAAUAAAUGAUAGAGUUUCACUUUUGCCCAAUGGUGCAGCCCCUCAGUUUUGACGAUGUCAAAACUUUUACAAUUCACAUCCCCUGGAUCCACAUCGGUUCUUGAACCGAUGUUAAAUGUCUUUUUUGACCGAUGUGAAAAGUGAUUUUUGUACUAGUGUUCCCAAUUAUUCCUGCUAUUUUUUGGCAGGUUGGGCCAGAAUAGCACUUGGGUUGUCCAAACAUUUUUAUCAACUUUGGUUGGCACCUUAUUUGGGUUUCUAUAAUUAUCACGAUGACCUAACUAAAUAUUUGGUAGCCCAUUCUCAUAUAUUGGACCCGAUAAAUAAUUUAAUUAAUCACGCAUUAAUUAAAUAUACUGAUUAUGUUAUAGGAUUUUAUUCACUAGGAACUUCAAAUACAUAUCAAAUUCCAAAUUCAAGUACAUCCGGGUGCGGUGUCACAUCAUAUGAGUGGAAGCACCUGAGUCAGGAUACCAAACAGCUGGAGUGGAUUCACCAGUGGAGACAGCAAGUGCAGGAGUCGAAGCUUGAACAAAACGAGACGGACAUGAAACAGCUGAGUGGCCUAGAGAGUGACAAAUUUGACAAACGACAGGUGGAGGAACUGAACCAAAAUUAUUCUCAAGAGAUGGAGAUCCUGCAUAAGCAUAGUUAGUACAAAAAGUAGAUAGAGCAGGAGUAGAAAACGAUGACUCAAUCGUAUUACAUAAAACUGUACCAUGACCCCAAUGAUUUGGCUGAGGAGGCCCUCGACCGGAUGAUGGCUGUUGUGGAUGUUGCGUAGCCUGACCGUAGUAGGUCGGAGGCUGGCCGUACCCAGACUGCUGCUGCUGGUACCUGCAACGGCCAUAACCACGACCUCGGUUUCCGCGUCGACCGCCAUGUCCUCCUCGAGAGGGCUGCUGCUGUGGAUCGCUAGAGGAAGAGCCGGCAUGUCCACCCCCUGUUGAGGAAGGUGCAGCGAAAGCCGGAGUAUUAGCCAUCGGUUCCAAGGACUGUUGGUAGCGUAGGCGUGCCUCUUGAUGUACCAAUUUUGUACCCAAUUUGUCAAAAGUGAGCCCUUCAGGAAACAAGGUCAAGGGUCCAACCAGUGAUUCAUAUCCCGGUCCCAAUCCUAAAAGAGUAUAUUGAAUGAGAUCAACAUUGGAGAUCGACGAGUUGAUGGAGGCCAAAUUAUCAGCAAGAGUUUGAAUUCCACGAACGUACACCUCCAUGGAUUGAUUCUACUUUUUGGUGUGAGACAACAUCUGUUUCAACUCCAUGGCGCGAGCAAGACUGGCAGCCAUGAAUCGAGACUCCAAUCGUUCCCAAAUGGCAAAAGAAUAUUUCAAGGUAUGAACCUCCAUCAAAAUUUCACGGGAUAGGGUAGCAAAUAACCAAGCACGCACAGUUUGGUCCAAUUUCAACCAAUGAUAAUAUUCAGGAUUAAUAGAUCGAGCCUGAUAUAAAUCAUAGGUAUACAGAGGUGGAGCUGGUAGAGACCCAUCAAGAAUGCCCAAAAGACCGUUAGCCACCAGAAAAGACUCAAAUUGGGUUCGCCAGGGCAGAUAAUCUUCGACUUUUAGCAAUUUGGAGGUCACAAUUUGUGCAAUUGAGGCUCCAAAAGUCAUACCUUGAGCCAAAGUAGCAUAAGAAACAGGGAGAGAAUUAUCUACCGGCCGUCGAUGCUCAAUAGUCCAAGCCGGUUGUGGCAUGAACAACCCGGGACUGCCGGACAGUGUGGGACCGGCGAAUCGUGCUCGAGCAGCACCGGAAUCACCCAUCUUGGCCUGCGAGUCGGCUGUAAACAGCGGCGGCAUGUCUAACGGAGGCGGCUACAGCGUUGGUGGCGUCGGAGUCCAUGUAAAAAUAGGUGGCACCCAUGAAGAAGAAAGCGGCGAGAUCGGAACAUCAUCGGUGAUGAUGGACGUCUGCGGCGGCGCUGAGGAGGUGGGUCGCGUCUGUUGAGCCGCGCUCAAAACUGCCGUCUCAACCGCCAUGGUUGACCCGGCGGAGGCGACUAUUGUUUCGGCAGCAGCGGCGGUCGUAGUUGGAGAAGCCAUUGAAAAAAAAAAAUUAACUGGCUAAAGACCUAGAGCUCUUGAUACCAUGUGAGAAUAAUGGGAAGACUUGCCAAUGUGGUAGCCCUAGGUGUCAUAUAUAAUAAUAAAAUUUAUCCUGAAUACAUUAGGAAACUUAAUAAAGAUGGAAACCUAAUUAAUGAGUAUUAAUUACACUAUUAAGUACUUCAUCCGCUCUUAAGUGAGUGCAUUAUAAUAUUGAAUUUUACAUUAUUCACAUGUUCUGUUUUGAUUACGCUUUAUUUCUUAAUAUAUUAAUAAACUAUUUAAAAAAAUUAAAUUUGUGUGAUUGUAAAUUUUCAAAUUUUGAAUUGUUUAAUUUAUUAAUAGAGAAUAAUAUUGCGUAUAUAAUAAGGUCAAAGUUUUGCAUUGGCAAACAUGACAAACGGACUGUAGCACUUCUUUAAGAAGAAAGUAUAACUUUAAGAGCCCGUUUGGUGACUCUGAUUUUUUGUUUAUCAAGUUUAUCAGUCAACAUUUUCACCAAACACGUAACUUUUGAUUUCGAGCACUGAAUUGUGUAAUUAUAAGAAAAAAUAAGGUUGUAGUUAUUGUAGAAGAUCAUUUUAAUUGUUUUUCAUAUAAAUUUGGCUUUAUCUUACCAAUAAAAUAUAGUUUAAAUAUAGUUAAUAUUACCCGAAAUAGGACUAAAAACGUUUGAAAAUUCCAAAAUAGGAUUGCCAUAUUUUUAUUCUCAAAAAAGGAAGUCUGGUAUUGUCAUGUUUUGGCAGUACCAGACUUCAAACAUGACAGUAUUUUCCAAACUUGACAGUAAUUACUCCUAUUUUGGGAAUAAAAAAUAUGGCAGUCCUAUUUUGGAAUUUUCAAACUGUUUUAGUCCUAUUUCAGGAACUUUCCCUAAUUUUCUCAUAAAUCUGCAUAAUCAGACAAUUCAAUCACUUCAGGCAGAACUUCAUAAAUUUCAAUAAAAUCAGAUAAUACAGUCGAUUUUAGUGUUAUCAAACGCGCUUUAAGGAUUCUUUCUAUCCAAAAAAUACUAUUAUCAUCGUAUUCGAAGAACGGGGACUUAUGGAUAUGACUGAAUCUUUUCUUAGACCAGUAUCUCUCCUAAGCUUUUGCUUCUACUUAUCUAUAUCUAUAUCUAUAUAAUAUAAUAAAGCAAACCCCCAAAGAACCCUUUAGAGGAAUUCUUGACAUGUGGCAACAUCCUUUGUAUAAAAGAAUGACAUGUGACAACACAAUAAAUUAAAGAAAAAGCUAUUCAACUUCCAAAAUUCUACUCUUAUGUAUUCCAAUAUUAUAGAAAAUUUGCUCUAUAUAAAAUUAGGUAAAAUUUUAGGCGAAAUUUUGCACUCGCCGGUAUUACAAAAUCUGAAUACUCCAAAAUAAAAAUAAUUAAUGAUUUUUAGCCACUAUAAAAAAAAUAUUACUCUCUAUUUCUUUUCUUAUAAACUCUUGGAGAAUUCUCCCUUAUUCAAGCUUUUUAUAAAUUAUUUCUUAUUCUUUCAAAAAAAAUUGUUUCUUGAUUCUUUCCAAUGUCUCAUUAAUUUUCUCCGACAUUUCUUUUUUCUUCUAUUCACUAAGUUUGUGUAGCUUUAAAUAUUACAAUGCAUGUGUAGUUCUAAAUCAUUCUUACAAUAUUGUCCCUACUUUUUCAUUUUAACAUUAGCUAGAUAAACUCUUUUUUUUAAUAAUUGCACAUGUCUCGAUCUUAAUUCGUAAGGGGACAAAUGUGAUAUUACUCAUCUGCUCAUAUUUAUUUAUUCGGCGCAAUUUAUGUUCACGUUGUUAAAUGGGUUAGCAGCGCACUCCAUUGUAACCGAAAUUUCUGUUUUUUUCUGGUUUAUUAACACUGGUAACACACAAAAUAUACUUCUUUUGUUCCAAUUUUUCUUGGAGUACAUUGGGUGCAUGAUUGCUUUUGGAUAAGCUUUAAAAAAAUUGUGGAUGUCAAUUUGUUGCUUCAAUUUGUGGAUGAUCAGUUAAGACAUUAUUAGGAUAAGUUUAAAGACAUUAUUAUAAUAUUUGAAUAAAAACAUAGGAGUAUAAAAUGUUAAUAGGAUUUAAAAAAACACAUAGAUUUUUCUUAAAUAUCCAUGUUUUUUUGGAAACCAACUACCAAAAAAACACAUUGAUUCUAUGAAACCAACUGCCAAAAAACUUCAUAGUUUUUACUUUAUAGUUUAUGUUUUAUUGUUUAUGUUAAAUUAAAUUUUUAACUAAAAAAACUUUUAACUUCAUAGUUUUCACACUAUAAAAACUUUAUAGUUUUUACUUUAUAGUUUAUGUUUUAUUGUUUAUGUUAAAUUGAAUUUUUAACUAAGAGCUUUAGUUAAAACACUUAGACUCUUAGUUUAGCUGCAUCAACAAGCUUGUAAACUUUAGCUAUUUAUAGCUAAAAAACAAUUCUUGAAAGGAAAUUGUAGCUAACUGUAAGGUUAAACUGAUGCUCCCUUUUUGGUGACUGGUCAAACCGAUGCUUCAGAAAAUUUAUGCUCAAUUGAUUUUCCUUUGUUGGAUGCUGGUCAAACCCAUUCUCCCUUUCCGGUGGCUGGUGAAGCCGGAUCUUUUAGUUGUAAUUUUUUAUUUUCUUUUUGGAGUAGCAAGAAGAGCAGCAAAUCUGUUAGGGUAGACUACAUUAUUGCGGGGUUAGCGAUCUGGAAGAAUUUCUUGGAUCUGUUCCGUUCUAUGUCUCAUCCCAUUGUAGUCUUAGGCUAUUCAUUCUCUUGUUAUCUUUGCUAUCGUUUAAUAAUAAAUUAGUUAUUUGAUUAAAAAAACAUAUUUAAUUCACUAUUAGUAAAAAGUUAAAAAAAACUCACAGACGAAACAAUUUUAUCAUACAAUCGAUUAGUACUGCGUAUUUUGUUUGUGACUUUGUGAGCACUAGAUUUUCACCCGUGCAUUGCACGGGACAUAAAUAAUGUAAUAACUAUAUUACCCUUAUUUGUUAAUAUUAUUAAUUAUUAAUUCAUGUAUAAAUGUAUGCAAAUAGUAAAGACGUAAUAUACACAACAAAUUAUAGUUAAGAAAAUUACAAUUACGACUCUUUGAGGGUGUUUGGAAAAUGGUGUUUCGGUAAAAAAAAUGGCAGUUUGACCCCCUUUAGUGUUUUCAAUAAGUGAAAACAUUGUUUGAUAAAUAGUUGUUCCGUGCAUGAAAGUGUUUUUUUGUUUAUUCAAAUUUGUAUAACAACUAUGAAAUAUUACAAAUUACUAUCUGCUUUUAAUAGUAUAACAUGUUGUAUCUAUUUUCUCAUAUUUUGGAUGUACUUAUAUAAUAUUUACAUGCAAGUUUUAAAUAAGUGUUAUGCAUUGAUCUACUAAAACAUGUUCCAGGAUUUUAAAAUUUGUACAAUAGCACCUUCUAUGGUUAUAUAAGUUGUACUGACAGAACUAAAAAGCCUUGUGAUGCUCAUUUUCUUACUUAUUAUGAGUAGUUUAAGUUUCAACUGUUAAGAGUAUUGAUUUGAUCAAUCCCAAUACAACUACAAUGUUGAACUAUAGCUUCCAUUCUGCUUAAUGGCCAUUUUAGCCCCAAAUAUAUAAACUUUCUGAUCUGUAAUACGAAGUACCAUUAUGCCUACUGGUUAUUCUAGACCUUCACGUUAAAUUAUUGGUCAGUUGACGGCCAUAUUUUUAACUUAAUCUAGUCUUAGUUCUUUCUUAAUUUACUCUGUUUAUAACUCAAUUUCUUAUGCAGUACUUAUUAUCUAUGCUCAUUCUAUAAUCCACCUGUCGAUUGAUUCAUGCAUUUGAGCACACAUUCUUAAUUUUUAAUAAUCUGCAUGUGAUUGGCAAAGCAUUGUCUAGUCUUAUUUAAAACACUAACUAUCUUAUUAUACAAUAUUUCUAUGUCAUUUUAAAAGGACCUUGUGAUGUAUCUAUUUAUAAAAAUUUCUGUAAAAGUGAUUUGAAAGUAUAGUGUUUAAUAGUAUUCUAACAUACUUUAUUUUCAAAAACGUAAGGGUCAUUAAACAAAAAAAUAUGAUUGUAUUAUGUGGGAUCUAAUUGAGAUGCGUUUUAACAUGCUAUCAUCUGUUAUAUUUGAGGUCUAAUCCAAAAAGAUUGUUUAUAUAUAUAAAAUGUAUAUUCGUAGGAUCAUGGACCAGAAUAAGGUGCCCAAAUGUAAUUAUUAAUUAGUUAAGGUAAGCGACUUCAAGGUGUUACUUUUCCAUGGUCAAAAUCUCAGGCAUGAUCUUCAUCAUCUUAACUUUUAAGUAGAACUCUUUGCUUUUAAAAUCCCAUCAAAGCAAGGUUGUUUCUCAAAUAAACUGCUGACUAAAUCUGUGCCUAUGUUUAUGUAAUGAGCAAUCUAAAUGUUGACUAAAUGUGAAUCUGUAUUUCAAAAUGGACCUAGUAGGGUUGUUGAUUUACUUCACUCAUAUAUUUUAGUUCUGAAACCUUAAGGUGUAUAAAACUAAAUACCAAAAUGAUCUUAGUUUUACCUUUCAGAUUUACCUUUUGUUGUUGCAUUGAUUAUGUUAGAGAAACAUAAUUUCCCAUGCUAUCUGUGUAUAUCAAUCUGCCAAAAAGAAUACAAAAAAAAACAAAACUUAGAUGAAAUGAAAAAUAAUUUCCCACAUCCCUCUUUUGGUUGAUGAACCUGCCAUUGAUUAAGAAGCAGCAACAAUUGCUUGUGAAAUGCUUGCUGGUGGUGUGGUUUGCAAUCCAUAUUGGGGUAUUUAUGGGGCAGAAUGGACUAAUGGAGUGGCUUCUCAUAACAAAUACUCCGUAGGUUUAACCAUUGAUCCAUUGAACAAAAAUCUUCACUAAAGAUUUUGUAGUACACUCAAUAAAUGAGCCAAGCAUCGGCCAACACCAAUACAUUAAACUUGUUCUCUGAGCUUUGAUUUAAGGAUAUUGAAAUGACAUUCAAGGAUUUUGUAGUACAACUUAAUUAAUUCGAAAUUUUCUGUAGCCCUUUUUUAAUAUUAAAUUUGGUCCUCCUUUACCAUUGUGAUUCGUGCAGCCCCACUUGGUGUCCCAGCUUAAUUAAUUUGAUAUGACUGUAGCUCUUUUUUAAUAUUAAAUUUGGUCCUCUUUUAACCUUUGUGAUUUGUGCAGCUCCAUUUGGUGUCCUUUUUAUUGAGCCUCACAAUGCUUUCUUGGGUAUUGGACAUGCAUUUAAUGCCAAACAAUCUCGGGCCACAGAAGCUGUACAAAUACACCCAACCAACCCAGAACAGCAUAUCAGCAUGAAACAAUCUGUCAUCAAGCUUUGUAGACCCGACCCGACCCGCUUCUAACCCGACCCGACCCAUUGAUGUGACGUUUUUAGGCGGGAUUACUGUGCAGUUUUUCUCCUGUUGUAUAAUAGAAGAUGUUAGAUAAUGAUUAUGCUUUAACCAGGGGUGGAUCCAGUAAUUUGAGAAGCCCUGGACUGAAUAGGAGUUUUACUAGGCUUUAAUAUCAGAGGGGUGGGCUAAAUAUGAAAAAUGAAAAAAUUUACACUAAAAUAUUUGAAAAUUUUCUAAGUUGGUGUGGGCUUCACCCUACCACAGCUAUAGGUUGAAAAUUUCCCCUCGCUUUAACAUUGUAUCGUCAUUCAGCUUAUUGUUAUCCUCUUCGGUAAUGUAAAGCAUUUUAUGUCAACGGUGCACUGCAUAUGCUUGAUUGCUCGUCUUUCCUAUGUUACUCCGAUCCCAUACUGAAUCGCCUGUCUCCGCGGAACAUCCAUUUUUCUUCCAUCUUCUGCCUUCUCUGACCAUUAUCCACCGAAGCAACCAUUCCCUUGUUCCCUCAGCUGAGAAUAGGAGUGAGUCUUCAUUGUGAUUUCCGAUGGAGAAAGUCAACUUCAGAGCCCAUGUCCUAACCAGGCACCUCAACCUUGUUGACCCAAGUCUGGACGAUUCCCUGAUCCUCCAAUCCUCGCCCUGCAUCAGCUACUCUCCGCCGGAGCUGUCGCAACCUGCGGCAGCUUUCGACGAAUUCGAGAUGCGGAGGUUGAUGGGCGGACACCACCUGGAGGACAGGGACUGGCUGUAUGGCCUCAUGGUACAGAGUAAGCUCUUAAACCCGAGAUCAAGAGGUGGCAAGGAUUAUAUUUGUCCCGAUUAUAACCAGUCUAUGGAGCAACAGAGAGAUAUUACCAUGAAGAGAAUUGAAUACCUCUCUGAUUGUGGGUUGUUUCGAGGAUGGCUCACUGAGAAAGGACCUGAAUCUGAGCUGAGGAAGCUUGCUUUUCUAGAUGUAGUAGCGAUUUUUGACCACUCUUUGGGUAUCAAGAUUGGUGUUCACUUUCUUUUGUGGUAUGGGCAUUUCCUUAAAAUUUUCUCCCUGCAGAAAUGUUAAAGAGAUUGUCCAAAAAAAAUCAACUUAGAAGAUUUUGGGUUAUUCAUUUCAUCAUGUCAAGCUUUAAGGAUGAAAUAAUUGGUAUUGGAACCAACCUUGUUGCAUAACAACUGAGGAUUGGGGCUUGUGGGUGCCUGUUAAAAUCUUGCAGUCUUGACAAGGUGUCAAGCUCUCUGAGAGUGUUAGAAGAGUUUGUCCAACAUUUACUAAAUACUCAACUAUAAAAUAAGAAAUCAACAUUCACAAGAUUAUAUCAGUUUGACUUGUGAGGAUGGGAUGUCAAAUCUUAAUAAUAAUAUACGGAGUAUUUUCAAUGGAAUCUCGGGUUUCAAAUUGGAUAGUGUUUGAGGUGACAAGGUGUUGCGAAUGGGUUGAGACAUGAACAUUUUCAGGAGAUUAAGAAACUAGGCCCAUGUAUUUAUUUUAAGUGUAAGAAGCACAAGGAGUGUAGAUUGUUUCUUUCUGAAGCAAUGUCAAUUGCAAAAAACUUGAUAUAGUGGGGAAUGAUUCUUAGAGCUAGGAAAGUUCUGACUUUGGACAUGGAAAGUUGAAAAAAUUCAACCUUUUCAUAAAAUUAAUGUAAGGGGAAACAACUGGACGAACAAGAAUCUUAAAAUAUAUGAAAGGAGUUUUUUUUUAAUGAAGAGAACACAUUGAGAGAACAUUGUAUGCAGGGGCGGACCGUAGUUGAGACCCAGGGGGGCUACCGCUCCCUCAGCAAUUUUUUUUUUUAAAUGUAUGUAUGUACGAAAAAUAAUUUCCGCCCCCCAAAAAAAUAUUAAAAUAUUUUGUUUAAAAGUACCGCUCUCCCAAGAUGAAUUUCCUGGGUCCGCCCCUGAUUGUAUGUGGCACCAUUAGAAUUUUAUGGAACUGCCUGAGAGACAUCAUAGAUGGAGGAAACGUAAUAGUGCCAGAUAGUUUGUCCUCUCCAUGUAUGGGAGAGGACCAUCAUCCAUAGGUGUGCACUGUCAACUUGGCAAGUAAGUUAUGUUCCAUACCAAAUACUUCCCAGUUAUAUUAGAGGAUGGGAGUGAAUUCCUAAUAAGAUUGUACCUUUUUUGGAAAUUUAUUCUUGGAUUGAUGAUGAUUGAGUUAUUUUGGGAUAAAUAUUAUGUAGAUGCCUGCAUACAUACCAAUUUCUUCAUACAAUCUGGCUUAUCUGGUGUACAUUGAUGUCCACUACACCAUUUGAGUGGUUGAGGCCUCUAGGUGUUCGCAUAUUUUCUGAGAUAUUUUGUUCUUUUACGAUUUUUGGGGUGGAGCAAUCCAGUUUCUUGGUACAAAGCGCCACCAUGACAAGUGGGUGAAGGCUGUUUUUCAAUAACCGAGUUAGGACAUGGAAGUAAUGUUCGAGGUAUUGAAACAGUUACAACCUGUGACUCAAAUACCCAAGAGUUUGUCAUUAACACUCCGUGCGAGUCAGCUCAAAAGUAUUGGAUUGGUGGUGCAGCAAAUCAUGCAACGCAUACAGUGGUUUUCUCACAACUCAUCGUUGAUGGAAAAAAUGAAGGGGUACAUGCAUUUGUAGCUCAGAUCAGGGAUAAAAGUGGAAAUGUAUGUCCCAACAUUCGUAUAGCUGAUUGUGGACACAAGAUCGGUUUGAAUGGAGUUGACAAUGGCCGCAUCUGGUUUGACAAUGUCCGGGUACCUAGAGAAAACUUGCUGAAUUCAGUUGCUGACAUGUCCCCAGAUGGGAAGUAUCUUACUGCAAUUAAGGAUCCAGACCAGAGAUUUGGAGCAUUCAUGGCUCCUUUGACAUUUGGACGUGUGACCAUCGCUUCGAGUGCUACUUAUUCAGCAAAGGUUGCCUUGGCAAUUGCCAUAAGGUACUCAUUAACAAGGAGGGCGUUUUCUAUUACACCUAGUGGACCUGAAGUUCUUUUGCUUGAUUAUCCAAGUCAUCAAAGACGGCUUUUGCCUCUUCUCGCAAAGACGUAUGCCAUGAGCUUUGCUGCAAACUCCUUAAAAAUGUUGUAUGUGAAGAGAACACCUGCAAUGAACAAAACCAUACAUGUUGUGUCCAGUGCAUUUAAAGCUACCUUAACUUGGCAUAACAUGAAAACUCUUCAGGAAUGUAGAGAAGCAUGUGGAGGCCAAGGGUUGAAGACUGAAAACCGUAUUGGUCAGUCAAAAGGGGAAUUCGAUGUUCAGUCUACCUUUGAGGGUGACAACAGUGUCCUUAUGCAGCAGGUUAGCGAAGUACUCCUAGCAGAAUAUGUGGCUGCUAAGAGGGCGAAUAAGCCAUUCAAAGGGUUGGGAUUGGAACACAUGAAUGAAUGUACUCCAGUUAUACCUUCACAGCUCUCCAGUGAUGCCCUAAGGAGUAUCAGUUUCCAGAACAACAUACUCUGCCUUCGUGAGAGAGACCUUUUGAAUCGCUUUGCUGCUGAAGUUUCACACAACCAGUCACAAGGACAGAGUAAAGAGCAUGCCUUUGCUGUGAGUUAUCUGCUUGCCGAAGACUUGGAAAGAGCCUUUGCAGACCAUGCAAUUUUUCGAACUUUUGUGGAGGCCGAAGCUUCAGUGAAGUCCAUUCCCCUUAAGAAACUGAAGAGCGAUGCAAUGAAGUUGGGAUUCUUGUCUUUGACCUUUUUGCGAACCUGGGAGCUUCAGAGGAACAAUUAGAUUUUCCUGUUCUUUAUGCCUCUGCUAAAGAAGGAUGGGCUUCAUCGGCUUAUACAAAGAGUCCACCAAACAAUGCCAAAGACAUGUCUGAAUUGUUCGAUACAAUUGUACGCCAUGUUCCUCCACCAACUGCCAAUCUGGAUGCACCUUUUCAUAUGUUGAGAGGUGUAAACAAAAGAUUCCGGUUUAGAAGACAUUCGUGUCAAGGCUUUCAAAAAUCAUUUCGAAGACCGUAUUCUACCUCUUCCACCCUUCAAGUUGGUUCUAAUAUCAUAAUUUUCAACUAUAGUAGUGGGCACGUAGGGCCAUACACCGGAACCUUUAAUAGGUUCCGCCCUGCACGUAUCAUUCUCUUUGCAAAGGACUGUAUUGAUGAAGAUGUGCUGAUUAGAAUAUGUAGAAGUGACGAUAAUGACAAUGUCAUUAGGGUUUUGUGCAUCGAGUUUGUGUUGAAAAGCAUAUUAUGUGCAUUGGCUCAACUAAACAUGACAUUAAAAGAAUUUUUUGCGCUACCGUAUAUUCACACGAACAACGUUGAUAUUAUGAGGUUUGUGUUUCAUUAAUAAUUUGAUUGUGUUUGUAAUUUUUUAAAUAUAGAGUUGUUUAACCUUUAAUCUUUUCCAUAAAUAAUAGGGGAAUUCUUCUAGGCUUGAUGUAUUUGCACCAGAGAGGCAUCACAUUGCCAAACUUGAAUUACGACAACAUUCUAGUUGUGAAAGAAAAGUCAAUGUUUAAAGCUAAGAUAUCUAGCAUAGAGGCUGCUAUACAUGGGAGUCACCGAAGAAAGGAAAUAGAUAUGCAUAAAGUUGGUUUGAUCUUUUAUCACAUACUGGCCGGAGAGUUGCCUAAAGAUCAGAUCCAUUUUAACAUUUAUAUACUGAAUGAAAAUUGUCUAAAUGUUGAAGAGGCUAGACACCUUUUAACUUUGCUUGUUCACCUGAGUCCAUCACAUAGGUAAUGCACUAAAUAUUGUCAA